GACAAGAAAUCCAAGAAGCAAAUCCGCCAGGCUGUUGGUGGUAUUGUCAUUGAUUCUGCAAACAAAAAAGUCUUGAUGCUUUCCAGCCGUAAGUCGGAAAAUGCUCAUCGUCUUCCUCGUGGCGAUUGUGAUGAAAAUGAAACACCUGAACAAGCUGUUAUUCGUGUUCUUCAUGACGAAGCUGGUGUUGAAGUUGAAAAGGUAACACAACGAGUGGGCACAUACACCGAAGCAAACAAGAAA